AUAAAGUGUUUUACAUACAACAAAACCCAAAGCAGCAACAAGAAAACCAAAAUAUAAAAGGAAAUAUUUGAGGUAAUUCAAAUCAAACCAACCAACAGAGAUACAGUGAACCAAACUUUAUAUGUGCUGAAAAAUUGUGAGAAGAAAUACAAGAGAAAUGCUAAGAACACAACGACUAUAGCUGAGGUUAAUUAACACCCUCAUUAAUAAAAUGGUUCUUCCUCAUCACGUGACCAAACGCAUGUCAUCAAGGACUGAUAGUUUUGUAACAAAUCAUGUGGCAGAUUUUCAGUUCAUUCAUUCAGUCUUGCAGACGAGAGCCAAUCACAUCUCAUCAAAGGACAUUUUGAAAGUUAUAAAGUCAAACAUUAAAUCAACGUUUCCAUGGAAACGCUAGCUGCUAACAGGCAGCACCAAUCAAAGAGCGGAAACAUCGAGCUGCUCGGUGUGCAGGCAGCACCAAUCAAACAUCGAACGGCUGCUGCUACAAAUAAACCAGAGAAACGGUGAAGAACAGCCGGCUGGCGGAGGGGCUGAACUCAGUAGUUAACUGACGGGAUGGUCGGUUUGAAGUUAACAGAGUGACAUAACCAGCAGCUGUCCGUCAUGCCGCAGCUCCCCCUGGUGGUGACGGCUCGGGUGGACCUGGUCCUGCUGCUCGUGUGCCUGCUAGCCCUCUGGACCAGACUGAGCCACCUGAGCUACCCCAACGCUGUGGUGUUUGAUGAGGUGUAUUACGGUCAGUUUGUGUCCCUCUACAUGAAGAGAGUUUUCUUCAUCGAUGACAGCGGGCCGCCACUGGGUCACAUGAUCCUGGCCCUUGGAGCCUACAUGGGAGGAUUUGAUGGGAACUUUGUGUGGAACAGAAUCGGAGCCGAGUAUCCCAGCAGCGUGAGUGUGUGGAGUCUCCGGUUGCUGCCCGCUCUGUGUGGAGCUCUUUGUGUUCCUCUGGUUUACCUGCUGACUCUGGAGCUGAAGUUCUCUCACCUGUCGGCUCUGGGAGCCGCAGUGCUGCUGCUGCUAGAGAAUUCUCUGAUCGUCCAAGCCCGUUUCAUGUUGCUGGAGUCUGUUCUCAUUUUUUUCGUGUUGUUGGCCUUCUUCUCAUACCUGAGAUUCCACAACAGUCCCAGCAGCUGCUUCAGGUACUGUUGGCUGCUCCUCUCUGGAGCUUCCUGUGCUGCAGCUGUCGGGGUGAAGUACAUGGGUGUGUUCUCUUACCUCCUACUGCUGGGCGUGGCCUCUGUGCACACCUGGAGCCUGAUUGGAGAUCGAACUGUCAGUCAUCUGAGUGUGUGUGUGCAGUGUGUGUGUCGUGUUGUGUGUCUGUUGGUCCUUCCUGUUCUUCUGUAUGUACUCUGGUUCUACAUCCACCUGAGUCUCCUGCACCGCAGUGGACCACAUGACCAACUAAUGAGCUCCGCCUUCCAGGCCAGUCUGGAGGGUGGUCUCUCCAGGAUUACUCAAGGUCAGCCUCUGGAAGUUGCUUAUGGCAGUCAGGUGACCUUAAAAAGCUCCGCUUCCCAGCCAAUCCCCUGCUGGCUUCACUCGCACAAAGCCAACUACCCAAUCAGGUAUGAAAAUGGGCGAGGCAGCUCUCACCAGCAGCAGGUCACCUGUUAUCCUUUCAAAGAUGUCAACAACUGGUGGAUUAUCAAAGACCCCGGCAGACAGGAGCUGGUCGUCAGCAGUCCUCCUCGACCUGUCCGGCAUGGUGAUGUCAUCCAGCUGGUCCAUGGGAUGACCUCACGCUUCCUCAACAGUCACGACGUUGCGGCUCCGAUGAGUCCUCACGCUCAGGAAGUGUCGGGUUACAUCGACUUCAACGUUUCCAUGCCGGCACAGAACCUGUGGAGAGUGGACAUCUCUAACAGGGAGGCGGGGUCCGAGUCGUGGAAGACGAUCCUGUCUGAGGUUCGACUGGUCCAUGUUAACACCUCAGCUGUCCUCAGGUUGAGUGGUGUGUCUCUUCCAGACUGGGGUUUCCGUCAGUUGGAGGUUGUUGCAGAUAAACUUUUCAAAGCUCAAAGCAGCAGUUUGGACUGGACGGUGGAGGAGCACCGAUAUGGAACCAGUCAGGAGCAGAAGGAGAGGGAGGCGGAGCUUCAUUCUCCAACUCACAUCGACGUGUACAGAAAAAUUUCUUUCUGGGCGAAAUUUUUAGAACUUCAGUGGAAAAUGCUGACAGUGAAACAGGAAGACUCUGAGCACAAAUACAGCUCCUCCCCCUUGGAGUGGAUCACCAUGGAAACCAACAUCGCAUACUGGCUGCACUCAUCUACCAAUGCUCAGAUCCAUCUGAUUGGUAACCCUGUGUCGUGGGGCGUGGCCAACCUCAGUCUGCUGACCUAUCAGCUGCUAGCAGCUUUCUACCUGCUGAGGAGGAGGCGGGGCUUCAAAGACCUCCCUGAUGAUGUGUGGUCUCAGUUUGUGUGUCUGGGAUGUGUGUGUGUUGGUGGUUGGUUGGUGAACUUUGUGCCCUUCUUGCUGAUGGAGAAAACUCUCUUCCUGUAUCACUACCUGCCUGCACUCUGCUACCUGUACCUGCUGAGCCCUGCCCUGCUGGAGCACACGCACACUCACCUGCUCAGCAGUGCCACACACCAACGUGCGCUGCGUGUGUGCGUGUUGGCGGUGUUGUCGUCGGUUUUCCUGUCAUAUCGAACCUUCUGCCCUUUGACCUACGGUAACCCCGAGCUGUCCGCCAAUCAACUGCAAGGACUGAAGUGGAGAGACUCCUGGGACAUCCUGUACCGCCGCCGGUAGACAGACAGACGAGUACUCUGUCCGUGGUCCUGAUCACAUGCUGACGCCAGGUCCUGUGAUCUGACAGAUCUUGAGAGGAGGGACCUGAACGCACCAUCAGGUGUGUGUCUACUGGACGAGGAGCUUCAGACCUCAGAGUGUGUUGACACAGUGACUCAACAUAUGUAAAAGCCUUUUAAUGUUAGCAGUUUGAUUGAUAUGUGACAUCACACGUGUCACUUGAUGUUGGCAUGAGACGGGACUAACGUCUCAAACGAGAUGCAGUGGAGUCUUGUACGAAGACCAGGACUAACAGUCUGAAGUCGGAGUCGCUUCAGGCUGAAAAUAAAAUCCAAACAGAACAAACUGUAAAA